GAUAUGGCGCCGCGUGUGAGUAGAAAACUAAGAGUGAAAAUAUUCUGUCAGUCUUAGAAUGAAUGAAAAACAUUAAGCGGAAGGUUUAAUUUAUGGCGUCGUGAGGUUCCCAAAUCUUCUUAACUGGAAGCCGAUGGUGUGGUAAUACUGCGAUCAGUCCAGAAUGAGCUCUAAAGUUAAGGUGGCUGUUCGUGUCAGGCCAUUUAAUCGGCGAGAGAUCGAUUUGGGAACAAAAUGCGUGGUAGAUAUGGACGAUACGCAAACGAUAUUGUUUUCAUCGGCCUCGAGAGACAGGAAGAACACAAAGACUUUUGCAUUUGAUCACUGCUUUUGGUCAAUGGAAGAAAGUAACAACAAAUAUGCAAGCCAAGAAAAAGUUUACAAGUGUCUUGGUGCAGAUGUUUUGGAGAAUUCCUUUGAGGGCUACAAUGCCUGUAUUUUUGCUUAUGGACAAACAGGAUCAGGAAAGACAUACACCAUGAUGGGAAGCCAGAACCAAACAGGGCUGAUUCCCAGACUGUGUAAUGAACUGUUUGAUCGGAUUUCAAGUAAUGAAGAUGAGAACAUCACAUACAAAGUGGAAGUCUCUUAUAUUGAGAUCUAUAAUGAGAAAGUCAGAGAUUUGUUGUGCCCCAGAGGAAACCAAGCAACACUAAGAGUGCGAGAACACAAGAUUUUAGGGCCAUAUGUUGAAGGACUCACAAAGCUUGUUGUGUCAUCAUUCAAGGAUAUUGAGAAUCUAAUGAUUGAAGGAAACAAGUCCAGAACUGUUGCUGCUACCAACAUGAACACAGAGAGCAGCAGAUCACAUGCAGUGUUCAAUAUUGUACUCACAAGAUCCGAGUACGAUAAAGAAACAGAGGUAUAUAUUAACCCUUUAACUCCCAAGAUCUCAUUAGAUAUUCAACUGGGCGGGCUUGGAAUAUUACAGGAGCAUUGUCAGCUUGAUAUAGAGGGCAAUGAAGUGUAUGUUACACCGCUAGCCAAAACAGGCACGUGUGUCAACGGAAGACUUGUGGAAGAAAAGACGCAGCUCAAACAUGGAGAUCGUAUUCUGUGGGGGAACAACCAUUACUUCAGAAUAAACUGCCCCCGUCUACCAGGAAGUGAACAGCAGGUGGAACAAACGGUUGAUUUUCAAUUUGCCCAGACGGAGUUGAUGAUGAAUGAAAUGAGCGCAGGGCCCCUCAAGGAAUCUGUCAAAGCUCUUGAAGAGCAAUAUAAAGCUGAAAAACAAGGAGCCUUAGACAGGCAACGUCAAAUGUACGAAGAAAAGAUUGAGGAAUUACGUAACCAAAUGGUUCCAAUGGGGCGGCAGAGUAUGGGAGAGCGUACAGUCAGCAUCGGCUCUUUUAGUUCGGGAUACGGAUCAUCAAGGAUGUCGUGGUGUGAUGACAGCAGGGAGAAUCUGAUUCAGUUUGAAAGAAAACCCUUGGUGCUCAGAGAGGAAGUGAUCAAAGCCAACACUCUCGUCAGGGAAGCCAACCAGUUGAGUGAGGAGAUGGGUAAAGAAACAGAAUUUGCCGUGACGCUUCAGAUUCCAACAUCGAGUUUAAGUUUUGGCCGGAGCAGACCUGGAUUCAGUAGUGAAGUUGCCAUUGUUGUGAAACACAAGUCGAAAGGGACACAGAUUUGGUCCCUGGAGAAGUUGUCCAACAAAAUCUACGACAUGAGAGAUCUGUACAAUCAGUGUGUUGAAGACGAUAUUCCUUUCUCCGAAACGGAUGAAAACUUGGAUCUGUUUUUCGAGGUGGAGUGCCACACCCUAAUCGGUGUAGCUAACGUUUUUCUUGAGUGUCUGUUACACGAUGUGAACCAUGAGUAUGCAGCACCGAUCAUCAGUCAACAAGGAGAGGUUUGUGGCCGGCUGAAGGUCGAGGUUUCUAGGAUUUCAGAGAAAGCUCAGAAGAAGAAGUCUAGAGAGGCUGAAGGUGACGCUGGAGAAACCUCGAGCGACGAAGAGGACGAUUUGUUAGUCAUACAUGAUGAUAAUGGUGAUGAUGAUGAUGAUGAGCUGGUUAAAGGCUCGCAGAUGCAUGUAGAGGUCAAAGUUGUUGAAGCUUAUGACCUGCCCCCAGCUCUGUGCAAUUACGUGUUCUGUCAGUACAAGUUUUGGAAUGACGAUAAUACCAUUGUGGUACCCCCGAUCAAUGCCAGUAUUUCUCAGCCGGGGCCAAAGACAAACACGAUGAUUUUCGAGCAUAAGCAGUUAUUUGACAUGCAAGUUACGGACGAAUUCGUCGAGUAUGCAUCAGAGGGCUCGCUGGCCAUUGAAGUCUGGGGAAACCGAAUGAAAGGAUUUGAUUCACAAAGUAAAGUAAUGCUAAACUGGAACGUGGAACCUCAGCAAAAAGGACUUCACGACAGGUGGGGAGAACUUUUACGAAAGAUGCAGCUCUGGGUGGAAAUAUUGGAAAUUAACGAUCAAGGGGUCUAUGCACCAGUAGAACUACACAUUCAAAAAGACAAUCUAACUGGUGGAGUAUUCCAGCUUCGUCAAGGUCACUCGAGGCGAAUUGUUGUGCGCGUUCAGCCUGUGCCGAGGGCCGGUUCUCUUCCGGUUGUGUGUGACAUCAUUUCCGCUGUGUACAUUGGAAGUGUUAGUAUGAGAACCAAGAAUCAACAACCACUGGACAGCUAUCAAGAGAAAGAUCUUGCUAUUCUGCGUGAAAAGUGGUCCACUUCUCUGAUGAAAAGACGAGAGUAUUUGGACGAGCAAAUACACUCCUUAAUCGACAAACAAGACAAAUCAGCGAGCGAUAAAGAGCGGGAGAGCUGGAUGAUCGACCAAUGGGUUUGUCUUACCGAGGAGAGGAACGCUGUCCUUGUUCCGAUACGAGGAAGUGGAAUCCCCGGUGCUCCGCCUCUUGAAGGGACUGUGCCCCUGGGAAUGGAGAAGUACAACCCUGUUAUCUUUCUGGAUUUACAGAAUGAUGAUGUGAGAAGCGGCUGUAUGGAAGAAGGAGGCCCGGCAGGAGUGGAUUCUACUUUGGUGUUCGAAAAUUCCGACCACAUGAUGGAACUACCGAUUAUAAACUACGAUCAGAAGCAGGUUUCUGCCACUGUGUUAUGGGAUUCGUCAAUUCACGACUCCGUGUUUCUUAACCGUGUCACGCAAUCACAUGAAAGAGUUUAUCUGAUCUUGAAGAUCAUCGUUCGCCUCGCAAGUCCAAUCGCGAUGGAUCUGGUCCUUCGGAAAAGAAUUUCAGUCAAAAUAUACAAGAAACAAAGCUGGAAAGACAGUUUGCUGAGAAAAAUUACAAAGGAUAUCAUAACACGGUCUGGCGUGACGUACGAACUUGUUUCACACAUUCCACGGCAACCGGGAGAGGAGACAGAAGAACGCGAGAGCCUGGCGCAAAUGGCUGCAUUAGCUGUGGGGGAGGGGGAGGAGGAGGAUGAAUCCGUGUUGAGAAAGUACAGCAAAGGAAUCUCACAUGUGGAAAGUUUGUUGGCACUCGAUCGACUCAGACAGGAAGUUAUGGUGAAGGAGAAACUGGCGGCCAUUGGAAAGCCCUUGAGGAAAUUCGCCAGUACUCCAAACUUGGCAGCUGCGUCGGGGGACCUUUCGUUCGGGUUCAGCGGAAAAGACGAUCGAUUUGAUUCACCAGAGAGUCACAAACUUUGGAAUACAAGGGCUAACAACAGAAGCGAUUUUGUUCUACCGGGGAGUUUCACAGAUCCUCGGCCAAUAAGACCAACGAAGGAGGAGAUUUUACUUGACCUCUCACAAAUGAAUGAAAAAUUCAGCUCAUCACCCACUACAUCAGGUGUUGUAUUGCGGAAUUCAGGAGGCGGAUCAUCUAACUCACGCCCCAGCUCCCUUCUCAUGGAGCUUGAGCCUCUAGAAGAGGAUGAAUCUACUCCCGCACCGAGCCCUCAAGUCAGGAAAAAUCCCAAGGCUUUGUUCGACUUCCAAGAGACUACAGGCCAAGGGUCUUCUGAAGGAACAGUUAGCCCCCUUUCAGAUGAACUUCGGGAACGUUCAGGUAGCGCCGAUACGCUAACUUGUGAAGAUCCCUCCGCGCCGACGGCGUCGGGUGAAGAUUUAUCGAAUCCGCCAGUACAGGCAAACGAUUUCAAAUCGAUCAGUCUGGAAAAUAACUUGAUAGAUUUUGCUUCCGAGAAGAGCAGUGCGAAGCCAAGUGUGGGGAUAACAUUACGCGGUUUAGAUGACGCUCUGGACGACGAAGAAGACGAAGAUGAACUCUCAUCGCUUCUCACACAAACUCAGGUAGAGGGGGAACCAUUGGAACCACUAGGAGAUAGCGAGGAGCAGAAUUCCAUUCCACACGAAAAGUCAAACUCUAGCAGUCGAGAGGAUCUACUGGGUUCCUUCGAGGGGGAGGAUGUGCACGAUUCGCUGGAUUCCUUGGGGGAUUUGAAAAAGGGGCAGGUUAUUUGCAUCGGAGACAAGAAAACUGGAAGGAUUAGAUAUAUUGGACCAACUGAAUUUGCUCCUGGUGUUUGGAUUGGUGUGGAAUUGGACACCCCCUCAGGAAAAAAUGACGGGUCUGUGAGUGGUCAGCGGUACUUCGCCUGUAAGCCUCGUUAUGGAUCCUUUGUAAAACCCGAGAAGGUAUUUCCCAUCGACUCUGUCAAGCGCGAACCAGCCGACCAGAAAGGCUUAGGGCGAGCCAACAGCCCUACCCAGAGUCCCGUGGUUAUGAGAAAACAAACACGUGACAACCGACGUAAGAAUGAAUGGAAAAGAAAAUCAAACAUUUUAUUUUAAACAACUUAAUUUGUUGUAAACCACAGAUAAGAGACAAAGUUGAGGACAAUUUUCGGAAGACUAUCAGUCAUAUAUUUUUAAUCAAAACUGUUCCGUUCGGGAAACAAGCAAUCCGUAUUCAGGAAUUUGGAAACCAUUUGAAUUUAUACAUACGAUGUGGCAAAUAGUGGACACACUGUUUGAAACCUUUUUAAUUCUCAGGUAUAUUUAGUAUUAUUCAUACAAUUAGAUGUAAAAUUAUUUCUCGUGCGGUAAUUUUGCUCUCGGAGAGAACCAAAAAAACAUUUUUGAUAAGUAUGUGGCUACGCUGCGCGCGCUGCGGGCUCCGCUAUUAGUCUGGUUUAGAAAUAAGACCUCCAGAACGUUGCGAAUCAACCAGAAAAGACGAUUGAUGGCCAGAGAUGGACAGGUUUAAAAUCGCAAACUUAAGUCGGUGGAGGCGAACAAUAAGGGUGAACAGAGAUGGUUAAGAAUGGAGAAGAUUCACUCGGGCUGAGGAUAAUGAACUGGAGGAAUGUAAAAGGAAUUUUCCAACAUUCGCCAUUCGUGAGGAGCUCCUUUUGUUUAGGUUAAAGUGUAGAAACUGCUGGAAAAAUUAGUAACGUAGACGGUUCACAAAUUGCAUUUUAUUGACUUUAAUAAUCAUUUCUUAUGUGCCACAACGUUAUAUACAUUGGCGGAUCUAAAGUAAUUUUGACGGAAUGUUAGGAGCUCCAAGCUUGAAAUGAACAGAAAUGAGAUUUAGAAUUACCCGCAAGUAAAUUAUGAAUUGUACAGUUUCGAAUUCGAAUACGCGGGAAUCAGCAGUCAUUUGUGAGUGGGUAAAAUGCAGGAAGAAAUUAAGACAUGUAUUUAUUUUAAUAGUUUAAAUUUUUUGUAGCGAUUUAUAUUUAAACAAAUGGGUCUGGGCUCUCCUUGACAAGCCUCAUACACCCAAGUAUUAAGAAUACCCCUCGGGUAAGAGGACGCUGGUAUGCCCCAGGGGGACAACGUCCUAUAAUUCCCAGGGGUAGAGAUAUAACCCUGAAAACAGUAACUGCUUUUGGUAAGGAAGGGAAGGGAGUUUGUUUGUGGGGUGGGGUUGAGUGGCCUAAAGCCGUUGUUGUCCAGAAUGUAACAAUUUUGGAGUUACAUUUUGACAUUACACCAACGUUUUCAUACACUGCCUUUCUCGCACUCCGACGAGAGAGGCAGGGAGCUGGAUCGAGGUUUGAUCAGAAUGGCGAAAGUUUAGAAGUGAGGGUCAGACUUUAAGGAGAACAUGGAAUCGGAAGUUCCCUUCCCUCUUAAUAAUUCUGGAACUAAGGGAACGUUUUAUACCAUAACGAAGGUAAAUUUUAAAAAAUAUCUAACAACGCCGAUGAAUAAAAGAAUUUAAUAUACAGAUUGUUUUUCAUAACUAUUUGGGGAAAUGAUAGUUUUAAAUUGUAACUACGAUUAGCUCAAAGAGACCUUUGAAAAAGUUAUUACCAAAUUUUAAGGGACUGGGCACUAGAAAGGAAUGUGUAAAUUUACUGGUUAAAGUGUUGGCUGUCUGUUUAUUUUUCCUCUUAUGAAAGUUAAUCGGUAAGUAAUGUAAGUAAGAUAGAUUUGCGGUAUAAUUUUAAAAAAGUGGGCGGAAUAAACGAAGGUUACCGCAAA